CCCUUCCUCGUCGUAAUAUCCUCUCAUACACCCAUCUAUCCAAGGCCAUUCAUUCAAAAGUCUGUUUCUAUCUAGUCUUAACCAACAAGACCUUCGAGCCACGCUUUAUUCUUUCAAGCUUUAAGAUCAAGACAAGAGAUUCAGAAUGUCGCCAUCCUCUCUCUUUCUUACUCUGUUCCUCUCAACACUGUCCUCAGCGUACAUACUCACGCAUUACGCCGGCCCAGGCUGUCGUUCCCAGAGUCUCGGCCGGACAGAAGUCGCGGUGGACCCAGCUGGACCUCCAUGCCAUCAGGAAUUCGCCGGUACAGCGGCCAGUCUUAUUGUCGCACCAAACGAGAACGACGACGAUUUCGGGAGUGUCGUUGUAUUUUUCACAGGCGACGACUGCAAACCUUCUGACAUCAUCAACUUCGAUGAUGAGGGUUGCAUGACGGGAAACUAUGGAAGCUUCCAGGUCUGGGAUUUGUGGAAGGUGGAUGGGUUACAGACGCCAGUGUUGUCGUAGACAGAUCCGGGGAGCAAUUUUUUCCUAACAUGUUGAAAUUUGUUUUCGAAUGGGACUUCUAGGCGUAAAUCUAUACAUAGCU